UUUGUUUGGUUGUUGUUGUUGUUUCUUGUUUUUGUUUUUGUUUUUUGAUUUUUGGCCAUGACUCUUGUCCUCAGCGCUGGCCAGCACUUUCCAAAGGGAAAAUAUUUGCUGAAUCGGGAGCGUUCCGCCUCGGUUGCUUGGGGGUGCUCAAGUAGUCUGCAAGGCCAGCCCCGGCUUGGCGACCGGGGCUUUCCUACUUACCGGUUCAAAGCGAUGAUGAAGUGGGUGACAGAGAAGCAUUAGGAACCUGGCUGGCUCUGUGUUUGGGUCACAGAUUUCCUUUCUUUCACUGAGACCUGAACUGGCCUGUGAAAUCUUGCCCAUGUGUCCGUUGGCUUCAGCGGCGGGCUGUGUGCCCAAGAUGUGCUCAGACCACGGUUCCCUUUCUCCGGGACUCCCCACGCCUCUGAGCUUUCUGUCUCUCGUGGGUGUCUAGGGAAACUCCAGGUCCUGAUUGCCACAUUUCAUAGGAGCACCCCUCACCCUCCUGGUUUCUCCCUCACGAGAUAGGAGUAAUUUCUUUCCUGAUCUCUUGGGGGAUGUGGGGGAUGACGUCCGCUCCAUCAGCCCUUUCUUCAGCCCGUGUGACAAUUACAGAGUCACAAUCCUUUACCCCAAGCCCCCCUGGAAACAAAACACUCAGACAACCUGGAGCUUGAGUUUAGCGGGAGGGAACUUGACAGGACAGUGUGACGCUGUGAUCCGUGGUGUGGAGAGGCUGUGCACCGCCCCCGUCUCUUUGGUUUUGGAAUACCUGCAAAUGUCCGGCAGGCCCGGCAGGCGAGAUAAUCCAAGUGAUGUCCGCGUCCUCCUCUGAACACAUCCGGUUGUGUAAGUUCCAGAUGAGAGACCCUGGACCUACCUCUGCUUUACAGACAAGGAAACAAAGGCCCAUUGAGGUGGCGACUCAAGUGCCCCCUGGCUCAGGACCUAAGGCCUUGGGCUAGAAUGAGGUGUGGCCCCCUGGAAGAGAGGGGCAUUAUGUGGCUGUGUUUCUAGAACUUUGCUCUCUGUCGGGCCUCUGGUUUUCUGUCUUGGGAUUAUCUUUAAGAUAACCGUCUUUCUGCAUCUGUUUCUCUUCCAAGCCACGUGCCCGGCUUCAUGCGCUCUGAGUCUGGUGACCAUUCAGGACCCCCCAGGUCUGGGCCUCUGGGGGGGCUUUCCCAUUGCCUUCAGGGAGAUCCUGGUUCACACGCGUCCCGAGGACUCUCUUCCAGUGUCCCUGCCAACGAAGGCCAUCUGAGGACAGAGCGAGCAACCAGCGGAAGGUCAGUCAGCGCGCUAGGCCUGGGUUCUGCUGGCCAGGAAGGUUGCUCAUGUUGCGCACAGGAGCGAAGACAAACUUAUCUCCGGGCUUCCUGUGUCGAUAAGCAGCCGGGGACGUGGCUGUUCUUCCCCCUGCGACCUGGCCGGGAGGAGGCUCAGCGGCCGCUGGGAGAUGCUCUAAGCCCCGCGAGGCCACCGCAGGACGCCCGCCGCCGGCUAGAGGGCCCCUCCCAGCCCGUGUCCUUGCCCGUGUGUCUCUCCCAGCAGGGCGCACAGGAACAUGGGCUCCCGGGGACUGAGACCCGGGCUGGCGUGCUGCUUGCUGCUGGCCUUCGCCUGCGGCCCGGCGCUGGGCCGAGCGUCGUGGGGCCCACAGGAGCUGCGGGAGCAGGAGGGGACCGAGGGGCCGCCGCUGGAGCACGCAGACAGGGAUGAAGAGAACCAUGAAAAAUACAGCCCCAGGCAGGGGGACGAGGUGCUUGCUUCCCGAUGCUUUCGCUGCUGUGACCCCGGCACCCCCGUGUACCAGGCCAUCCCGGUGCCCCAGAUCAACAUCACCAUCCUGAAAGGUGAGAAGGGGGACCGAGGGGACCGAGGCUUGCAAGGCAAAUACGGCAAGACCGGAUCCGCGGGCGCCAGGGGCCACACGGGCCCCAAAGGGCAGAAAGGGUCCAUGGGGGCCCCCGGGGACCGCUGCAAGAGCCACUACGCCGCCUUCUCGGUGGGCCGCCGGAAGCCCCUGCACAGCAACAACUACUACCAGACGGUGAUCUUCGACACGGAGUUCGUGAACCUCUACGGCCACUUCAACAUGUUCACCGGCAGGUUCUACUGCUACGUGCCCGGCAUCUACUUCUUCAGCCUCAACGUGCACACCUGGAACCAGAAGGAGACGUACCUGCACAUCAUGAAGAACGGCGAGGAGGUGGUGAUCCUGUUCGCCCAGGUGAGCGACCGCAGCAUCAUGCAGAGCCAGAGCCUGAUGCUGGAGCUGCGGGACCAGGACGAGGUGUGGGUGCGCCUCUUCAAGGGCGAGCGGGAGAACGCCAUCUUCAGCGACGAGUUCGACACCUACAUCACCUUCAGCGGCUACCUGGUCAAGCACGCCUUGGAGCCCUAGCCCCGCCCAGCCCUGCGUCCGUCCCCCCACCCGCACCCCCACCCCGGGAGGGGGGGGCACGGAUCUCGCUGCAGCCCCUCCCCCAGUCCUGGCCCCUCCCCCCUCACCGCCCAGCUUUGGCCCUCUACACGACGCCCUCCGCCGAGCGGGGAGCAGAAUCGGCUGUGCUUCCCGGCCUUGGGGGCUCCUCAGGGGUGGGGGGCCCACCGGGCCGGCACCUGCGACAAUGACGGAGGGGGAGGGUUGUCCCGGCUUCCCUCCUUGCACAUAUCCUUAGGCGACCCAGCAGACACGCGGCCACAGGGCAGGGUGUCCCCGAGUCAUCCAUGCUCCCGUGGCUGGAACUAAUUACGGAAAUGGUGAAGUUUGUGAAAGAAGCAAAAUAAGCCGUGUGGGAAAAGGGAGGCGCUGUUAUUUUUGCCUCUUCCCACCAGCCACGCGGGUUCCCGGGGGAGGCGGCUCCGGCUGGAGCUCUGCGGGCCUCCUGCAAGAGACCUGAAGGGGGCGCUGCGGGCCCGGGGGGGGGGGCGGAGGGCGUGGGGCCCUCCUUGGGCCCUUGAUGAGCCUUCCCGGGCAACGCCUGCACUGACGCCCCAGUCCUGGGGUCAUCACGGCCUUGCCCAGGGGGUUCAGCCGGUCAUUCUGAGCCACAUCAGCAAGGGGGUGGGGGCUGGGGCAGCGAAGGUCAGCUCUCAGCGGGACAGCCCAGCCCUUGGCCUCGCUCUCUGGGCUGGGAGGAGCAGCCUGCUUGUUGGAACCCACGGACUCCUGGCAGCAGCCGGGGACCUCUGGAGUCCCUGGGUCCACUCAGCACUGCCAAGGCGGAGCCAUCCAUCCCGGCGUGGUUCUGCUCGGCGGCCAUAGCCUCCCCGGAGCCCCCGGACAGGGCCUUCACGCCUGCCACCCUGGCCCUGGCUUUCUGCUCCUCCCCACAUGGGUCAGUCAUGGGAGGCACUGGGGCCUUGAUCACCUACCCGCUGUCACAGUUAUGUAAUACUUGCUACACCAUCUUCCUGCACGCCGUCUCGGGUCCCGUUUUCCUGAGGCUCCGUGCUCUCUCCCCCUGGCCUCUGGGGCCAGCAGCUCAGACACCAUGAGAGGGGCUUUCUUUGGGCCCCAUAGCAGGGAAGGGCCAGAAGGGGCUGGAAGGCGCCCCCUCGGCCUGUCUCGGUGUCCCCGUGGGGCACCGUCCCUCUGACCAGGAGAGAAGGCCUGUCUCAAGCACUGGAGUCAGAACCCUCUCUGGGAGGUCGGGUGUAGAAACGCCCAGCGCGGCUACUGCCUAGAAUUGGUGCUCCAGCCGCUGGCUGACCUUGGCCGGGCGGCCCUUCCCUGCCUCUUUCUAAUGCCCAGGGCCAAGCUCCCUCUCCUACCUGCUUGGGCCCCUAAGCCCCUAUGGGACCCUCCCUUCCCUGGUGACCCUUGGCCUUGCCCCCUCCCUCUGCCCUCCCGGGGCCUGACCACCGGGUCUGGGGCCUGCGCAUCCUUCCGUCUGAAGGACUUCUGCUAGUCAGACUUUCCCCACGGUGUGUCCAAGGGCGUGCUGGUGGGCGGGGCACCUGCCCGCUGCUUCCUGCUGUCCCGGUGCUCUUUCUGAAAACAUUAAACUUGGGACCACGUGUUUGAGCA